AUGACCGAGAAAGAAAGGCUUUUGCCAGCCGGCAAAGAAACCGGAGAAAACUCUGGAAACUUAUUUCAUCCCGAAGAAGGCGCCGUGCCGUCACAGCCGUUGUCAAGCGAGCAAGCAGACAAGCGCGGAUCAUCUCGGCCUUGGUACGACACAGUCCACUCGAUGCUUGCCAUCAAUAGAAACCUUCUUCUAUACAAAGCGUUUUAUUUCUUCUAUUUUGCGGCGCAUGGAAGUCUCCUUCCGUACUUAUCGCUGUAUUUCAAACAUUCUGUACUGCUGCCCGCUAAAAUGGCGGGCAUUCUCUCGGCUGUGAGGCCAUUUUGUUUGUUUGUAAGCGCCCCUAUUCUGGGAACAAUCGCGGACAAAUUUAACAAGAUCAGAACAGUCUUGCUUGUGGCGCUUUGCAGUUACAUUAUAUACAACCUUCUCAUAGCAGUUGUGCCUCCAGUGAGUGUGGAAUGCCUCAGUAAAGUGCACGUAAUACUGAACAUUACGCACAACCACAGCCUCCCUCGAGCGGUCCAUCACCACGAUGGCAGUGCGCGAUUUGAGCAGGAGGAAGCGGGCUAUUGGAACUUUGGGCAGAUGGAGGAGAUGUGGAACGAAACUUGGCUUUUUGACCUUUAUACGAAAACUGAUCCAGCGACUUUUAAAAAGGCUGAGAGUGUUUUUAUAGUCAUCCUGGUCAUUACAAUAGUCGGUGAAUUCCUUGGAGCCAUUUCUAACACUCUGGCCGAUGUAGCUACCUUUCAAAACCUGGAAAACCAACCCAAUUCCUACGGAAUUCAGCGUUUAUGGGGAUCGAUAGGAUAUGGGAUCAGCGCUUUCAUCACCGGUGAAAUAGUGGAGAGGCAAUAUAUUAAACAGACCGAUAUUUGUCCCAAAGUGGUUUCCGAUAUCUACCGCCCCUUCUUCUUCGUCUAUUGCGUCCUAAUGGCCGUUGCUCUGAGUCUGGCGACCCGCUUCAAUUUUCUGAACGGGGAUAAGCACGUCAGUGAAAAUAUUACACUGAUCAGGGGUCUUAAAAUUUUCUUCAAAGUCGAGUACGCAGUGUUUGGUGCCAUUGCGCUUUUCUUGGGAAUUGCCAAGGGUUCUGCUGAAACGUUCCUGUUCAUGCACCUAGUGGAACUUGGCGCCCACUCUCCAUUUUUGUUCAGUUGGCUGUUUGCCAUUCAGUGCAUUUCCAACGUUACACUCUAUUAUGCCUCUGUGUACUUUCUGGAAAAGGUUGGCCACGUGAAAAUGCUCAUAGCAGGUCUGUUGGUGUACGCGUUGCGAUUUUACUUCUUCUCCGUCAUAGAAGAUCCUUGGCUCGUCUUGCCAGUCGAAGUACUCGUGGGGAUUUCCUCCGCGUCAGUGUGGUGUGCGCUGGCCUCCUAUGUUGCCACGCCACCCCGCCUUGGUGCUACUCUUCAGGGUAUUUUACAUGGCUUGUAUUACGGUCUGGGUAGUGGGCUUGGACAACUCAUAGGCGGUACUUUGGUUUACAGUUAUGGCACUGCUCCCUACUUCCGUUACUGUGCCCUUGUUGUCUUGUUGAUAACGAUUCCGUUCGCGUUGGCGAGCCCAUUUUUGUCUUCUCGUCUCACCAUUUGGAUGUCUCUAUCUGGCUACUCUCAGCUGAAACCAAAGCAAGACCAGACAUGCUGUCCAAGAUUGUACAAACUGCUUGGUGUACGCGAACAGAAGUCUACCAACGAAUAA